UCUAGUGACCGAUGGCGAGCAGGCGAGGCUCUCAGUGAUAGCAUGGAUCCGGACAGUGGGGCGGACACUCAGCGAACUCUCAGUCUACAGUGGAAGAGCUAUAAGCUAGUACAAGACCCUGCUCUCCGACGGGUUACUCAGAAAAUCUACAGAUAUGAUGGGAUUCACUUUAAUGUACAGGAUUCAGGAUUCCCGCCUGUGGGGGACUUGCGUGAUCCAAGACCCCGCAGAAUCUGGUCUAGACACACAGAGCUGUCGCUGCCAGUGCCCAAAUUUAAGUUGGACGAGUAUUAUUUAGGUCCUAUACCACUUAAGGAAGUGACAUUUGCGAGGUUGAAUGAUAACAUCAAAGAGCCGUUCCUGGCAGAGAUGUGCGCCAAGUUUGGUGAGGUUGAGGAAAUGGAGAUUCUGUUUCAUCCCAAAACUCGGAAGCACUUGGGCUUGGCCCGCGUCCUCUUCACCAGCACUAGAGGGGCCAAAGACACUGUCAAACACCUGCACAAUACUUCUGUCAUGGGAAACAUUGUCCAUGUCCAGCUAGAUAUCAAAGGCCAACAGAGGAUGAAGUACUAUGACUUAAUAGUGAGUGGCUCAUACACCCCUCAGACAGUGCCGACUGGAGGCAAAGCCCUCACUGAGAAAUUUCAACACCCAGCCCCGACUCAGCCAGAUACGUCAUCUGAUAUCCGGCGGAGGCUCUCCACAGAUCAGAUGGCAGCUCCUGCUGCGCCUCUAAACUCUGGCAGCACCACCCCCUGUUCUGUGGACACUGGAUUUGGAGACCAGCGCCUAGACACCCCUCCAUCCUCUCUGGGAGGAGCUUAUACGCCGGGUUCUUCUGCUUCUUCACAGGGCGGCGGCACCCCUCACACCCCUCGCUCUGGAACCCCUUUCUCCCAAGACUCGGGAUUCUCUGUGGGCAGGCACAGUGGCUACAGCAGCACUCAAAGUUAUCCCCAGCAGGAUAUGCUUCCAUCUUCCUCCUGCUCCUCUUCAGCAGUCUCCUCAUCAUCAGGAUUUAAACCCCCUCGCUUUCAUGACGACUUACAUGCUCCACCUCCGCAAGAACCCUCCGUGUUCCACAGGGGUCGGCCGGGAUAUCCUCCUUCAGCGCCCUUCAGACCUAAUGAACCUCCCUAUCCGUAUCCCAGUGUUGGCGGUUCAGGAAUGCACAUGCCGCUGCAUCCACCCAUGCCACCUCCAGGGCCUCAGUUUGAGCCGCCACCGCUGUCCGACAGAGAUAGAGACCGAGAUAGAGAAAGGGGACACAGGGAUAGGGAUCGGGAGAAAGACUCAGGAGGGCGCUAUGGAGGCGGGAUAAGCUCCCGACGUUCCUCUUACCACUACCAACAGGAAACAAACUCCUCGUCCACAUCCAAAUCUUACCAUUCACAUCACUCGCAUCAUGCAGAUCGGCGGGAGGACAGGGACGGCAGGGGCUACCGGCGCGACAGCUGAGGCCCCCGCUCGGGAGAUCAUGGAAGGCAUCGGAACCACCAUCACUCCCACAACCACCACAGCAGCGGCGGAGGUGGAUCGAGCCGGCGGAGAGGCAGCAGAGACCGGGAAUGGGAGCGAGACAGAGAAGGAGACUAUAACAUCUCCGAUCCACGUUAUGGAGGCCACUCGGACUCCAGCCACAACUCGUCCAAUAGCCUCUCCCCUCCCUCUGCCACCUCCUCUUAUGGAGGACCUAAAGACCUGUCCCCCUACGACACACCUUCUUCCUCCCGGCUAGAGCCCUCGCCGGCUUUCCGUCCUCAGCAGGGUGCAGGCGAGAGGGGUUUUGGGAUGGGAGGAAGUAUGGACAAUGACUACCGUGCUCAUUCUCACCUCACGCCCCUGGCGCCUCCACCUCCUCCCCUCCCGCCAGCCUCCGUCAUCGCAGCCGCUGUGGCUGAAACACUCGGCUCUCUUGAUUUUGGUCAGGACAGUCCCAUCCCAGAAGAACAGUGGACCAAACCCAAACGCUAUCCCAGCACCCCGCCCCAUCCACCUCAGACACCUCCGACCUCUUCGCCUCCUCACGCCUCAAUCCCGUCAUCCUCCACCUCUCCAUCCUCCACCUCCCUGCCUCACCACCUCCCCUCUUUGACAGCAUCCCUCUCUCCGCCUCCUCCACAGCGUGACUCCUCCCCGGAGCCUGACUCCACCAAUGAGAGCCUGCCGUUCAUGCACCACAGCAGCAGCUUGGACUCACGUAUUGAGAUGUUGCUGAAGGAACAAAAAGCCAAGUUUUCUUUCCUUGCCUCAGAUGAUGAGGACGAUGAGAAGGAGGACCGAGAGAGGGGUAAAACAGGCGAGAAUGCAGAUGAUGGGGGAAAGAAACUCAGAGAGGAGAACGGUGAAAGGCCUAGUCAUAAGAGACAAGGAGAGAUGGAGGGAGGCCAGCAGAGGAGGAGAGGAGAGAAAGAUGGACGCCACAGCAGGGGCAAAAGGCAAGGUGGUGGAGUCAGUGAAGGCAGGAAAACACCUCCAGAGGUGGCCUCUUCCACUCCCACUAUGCACAGUUUGGUGUCAGAGUCUCUUCAGGGCCAAAUGCCGCCACCUCAAGAGGAGCACACAACCUCUGACUCACACGGGGCUCCACACACCCCACCCACCUACAAUGGAGAGGCACAGCCUUCUCCUCACUCUUCUGGGGAGGAUAUGGAAAUAUCCGAUGAAGAUGACAACGCCAUCAUUCACCUCCAUUCGAUACCCCCUCCACCGCACCACCCACACCACCCAUACAUGGACCAAGAUGGGAAUGUUGCCACUCACUAUGACCAGGACCACCGCUACAUCCCUCCUCACUUACCAUAUGCCUUCCCGGACCCUCAUGCCGCACAGCUUCCUCAGCAUCACACCAUCCCACCUCCCCACAGCCCCUGGCCUCCUCACCUGCUGCCCCAGCAGUUUCCUUCCCACUAUCCUCCACCUGGCUUCGGCACAGUGCCUGGCAUAGAUGGAGAGCUGUACGGAGCAGCGGGUGACCAGAUGACCAUAAUGGGCCACAACCCCUACGAGGCCGUAGUGCAGCAGGUACUGGCAGCUUUGAUCGAGGAGAUGAAGAACAUCAUGCAGAGGGACUUGAACCGCAAGAUGGUGGAGAACGUCGCCUUUGGCACCUUCGACGAAUGGUGGGACCGCAAGGAACAGAAAGCCAAGCCAUUCCAGACAGCCAUGCGGGGAGUUGCAGUGGUGCGCGAGGAGGACAAGAAGGACGAGAAGACCAGCAACCGACCUCGGGAGCCACUCAUGUCUCUGGUAGACUGGGCCAAGAGUGGAGGCAUGGAGGGUUUCUCCCUGCGGGGGGCCUUGCGUUUGCCUUCUUUUAAGGUGAAGAGGAAGGAGCCUCAGGAACUUGUGGAGGGUGGUGAGCUGAAGAGAGCCAGGCCUUCCACUCCACCCGAUGGGGAAGAUGAGGACUCGUAUCAGGGCAAAUCUGCCGACACUGCUGCAGGAAGAACAGAAGAGAGGCGUGUGGCAGACAGAAGAGCAGCCAGGAGAAGAAGCAGAGCAAAGGCACGCAAACCAUAUGACCUGGAUAGUGAGGGAGAAGAAACAUCAGAUGGUUCCUCCUCGGAGAAGGAGGAGGAUGAAGACAGUGACAAAGUGGAUGAGUCAGAAGAUGAAGCCCUUAGUGCAGACAGUGAUGACGAAAGCAUUUCUUCCUCCUCUUCCGAGAGCUCAUCAUCAUCCUCAGCAUCGUCCUCUUCCUCCGAUGAGGAUGAAGAGGAUGGUGAACAGGCCGCUGAGAGUGAAUCAUUGGACACAAUGGAUGAGUCUACGAUGGACAGUGUGGCGGCUAUAGAUGCAGAAAAGGAUGAUGGGGACAAAGCAAGUCUUGACCAAUCAUCAGUGACUGCUGUAGAGGUCAAACAAGAAGAAGAGAAAACGGCUACAGCUGUGCCUCCAUCUUCUCCGUAUCCCCGUCCUUCUUCACCCUUUCUCCUCCUUCCCCCACUCAAGAAACGGUGCAAGACUGUUUCUUUCUCGAUGGAAGAGAGGGAUGUCAAGCCUUCCAUUCUGUCACCUUCUGCUCCCUCUCCAUCUCCCACUCCUGUCUCACAAGCUUCAGAUGUUCCUACUUCCUCUUCUCCUGUAAGCACGCCCACAGCAGCUGCCCCAGCCGCCUCCUCCAAGCCCGCCCCGAUGCUCCUUCCGUUUGCUUCUCGUCCUAGCGAGAGUAACGCCCUGACCUCCCCUGCUUCCCCUUCCACCGUUCUUACCGUCCCUCCACCGGUGCGUUCCCUGCGGCCUGAUGAGCCCAAAAAGAGUCCAGGUCUCCCUCCAUCCCCACAAACUCCCACAGCCAAAAACUCCUCCAAACGUGGUAAAGACUCUCCCAGAACGCCCCCGGCGCCCAUCUGCCUCACUGUCCAGAACCUUCCACUGGACCAUGCCUGCUUGGUCAAAGUGGCCUACGAGGACCCUGUCCCUACUCCAACCACGCAGAAGGGUCGUGCACGUGGUCGCCCUCGGACACUCAGCCAGUCGGCUUCCGCCCCUCACCUGCAUCCCACUCUGGAGGAGGAGGAUGAAGAGGAGCUGGAGCAGCGGCUGAAACUCAGGGAGCAGCUGGGAGUGUCCAGCCUGCUGCAGCUGGCCUCUGCCCCCAAGCCUGACCUGUCUGUGCUGGCCGAUGUGGCGCUGAAGAUGGACCCGGAGGCAGAUAUUGACUCGGAAGAAACCGAGACCUCCGAUGAGGCAGAGGAGCACAAGCUGGAGGAAGAAGAGGGAGACUUCUUCGCUCCGCACCCACGCCAACCACUCCCGGAUCCAGAGGGUCUGUUCGUCCUGCAGGAGCACAACUAUUCUAAAACUCCUGCUCAUCCGCACCUCACGUCUUCACAAAAGAGGACGAAACAGGACCCCACGGUCCUUCUCCCUGCCGACCUCAACCAGCACGGUGUUCAGGAAGCCCCCGAAGAGGUCAUCGGGGAUGCUCUAGCCGUAAGAGGUGAGGCUCCAGAGCUAUACGGGGACCUUUCCGGGAUGGGCCUGCUGUGCGACGCCAGGGACACGGCUGAGACGCAGACCAAGACCCUCGGCCCACCGCACAAAAGGAGAGGACCGAUUAGCAAAGAGAUGGAGAUGGAAGAGAGGGGGAAAGGGAAGAGCAAGAAGAGAAGUAGGAAGGACAAAGAAAAUGAUGAACUGCAAAUCUCUAAGAAGCAGAAGGAGAAACAGAUCAAGAAACAGAGGAAACGGAAGUUAGAGGAAUAUGAAGAAGACGUGGAUGUGGAACAGUUGGAGUCUGGUGAGCUUUCCAGCUCCAGCUCUGACUCGGGAGACUCUUACUUUGGUCUGAAGAGAUCGCUGGAGUUUGAAAAGGAAGAGGUUCGAAAGAGCGAACGACUUUUCCUGCAGGAAGCUGGCUUGACCCCCUCGACUCAGCGACGGCCCAAACACGUGCCCACCCUAGCUCCCAUACCACAGCCCUCUUACAAGAACCGUAGUGAGUUUGAGCAGAUGACCAUCCUGUAUGACAUCUGGAACACUGGCCUGGACCAGGAAGAUAUGAGGCUCCUGAAGAGCACCUACGAGAAACUGUUGCAAGUUGAUCGCGGCACCGACUGGCUCAACGACACACACUGGGUCCCUCAUACCAUCACCAACAUCCCCAACCCUCGGCGGAAGAAGAAGACCGCAGAUGGGCAGCUAAGAGAGCAUGUCACGGGCUGUGCUCGUAGUGAAGGCUACUAUGCCAUCAGCCGCAAGGAGAAAGACGUCUACCUUGAGCUAGACCAGCCAGUGACUGUGCAGGAAGCUGGGGAAUAUGACACCUCAGGCUCGAAUCGUCUGCUCUCUGAAAGGCGCUCUGAGCAGCGGCGUCUCCUCAGCGCUAUCGGCACUCCAGCAGUGAUGGACUCAGACCUGUUGAAACUGAACCAGCUGAAGUUCCGUAAGAAGAAGCUGAGGUUUGGCCGCAGCCGUAUCCACGAAUGGGGCCUGUUUGCCAUGGAACCCAUUGCUGCAGAUGAGAUGGUCAUUGAAUAUGUGGGACAGAGUAUCAGACAGAUGGUUGCUGAUAAUCGGGAGAAGCGAUAUGCCCAAGAAGGCAUUGGGAGCAGCUACCUAUUCCGUGUCGAUCAUGACACUAUCAUUGACGCCACCAAGUGUGGCAACUUGGCUCGGUUUAUUAACCACUGCUGCACGCCCAACUGCUACGCCAAAGUGAUCACCAUCGAGUCCCAGAAGAAGAUAGUCAUAUACUCAAAGCAGCCUAUCGGUGUGAACGAGGAGAUCACGUAUGAUUACAAGUUCCCCAUUGAAGAGAACAAAAUCCCAUGUCUGUGUGGCACGGAGAACUGCAGAGGAACCCUCAACUAAAAGUGUCCUAGACCUUCCCCCGAUACAUGACUUGCCAAUCAACUUUCCUAGCCCACAAGCUACUCUUCUCGGCGCGCAACAAUGUAGGUAGUGUAUGAUGGGAGAACAUCAGACUCUUUGAAAAGCUUCUAUACAGACACAGAUGUGUCGAGAUGUUUGGCCCAGGGGGAUCUCAGCACUGCCGCAACACCUCCAGUUCCACCUGUAAAGUUUUGUUUUUCUCCUGACCUGGCCCUUAUCAAUUUCGUUCCUCCUGUUGCAGCUGUGUUUGGUUGGUGUUGUUUUGCCAAGGUCUAUGCUUUGAAGUUGUUCAGCAACUGCACACACACAUAUUCCGCUCACUUAUGCACAACGUCUGACAGUGGCAAACACCCUUAAAGUGCUGGGUCAUUUUUCCAAGGGCAACUUUUAAAGACCUACCUAAAAACAUGGAUUUAAGACUUCACCCCUGUUGUGAGAGAGUAAUAAUUUUAGUUCAUUAUUUAUUGUCCCUGUUCGCUCAUGUCGUUUAUUUAGGUCAGAUCUGUUUCUGUACAUUCUUCAGAUUAUCUGUGUAGUAGCACCACAUUUUUUUCAAAUGAAGCUAUUUGGGCGUGCACAUUUCUUUCGAAAAAAGUUCAACCGACCUUAAUUACAUGUCUCCUUUUCCAGCAUGAUGUGCUGGUAUUCAAAAAUGGUCUAGUAUUGUAAGUUGUGACGUACAUUUACUACUUUAUUUUUCACAAAUUAGCUGUUACAGUGCCAGUGCACUGUAAAAACUAUUCCAGAGGUCAUCAUGUACCUGCCAUCAUUUUAAUUCACCUCUUGCUUGAAGUGAUAUCCCUUUCGUUCAUAGUUUUUAGCAAUACAAGAAAGACAGGACAGAUAAGGUUGUCUUUUUGGCGUUCACUAGAACAGGUGGUCGUCUGUUCCUUCUGUUGUGUCCUUUCAUGUUGAGAUGACAUUACAUUGUUUUCCCCCCUAUUUUGUCCUCACUUUGUCAGAGGGCCUUGCCAGCAUUCUGUUCCUUUGAGAGGAAAACCUGUAAAAUAUGUAGAUUUACUGCAGUCUUUCAGUAAAAACUGAUCCACAGAAGUGUAACCAUAAAAAAACGAAAAUGACAAAAAAGUU